UGAAGGAUGUCCCUGCAAAAGGAGAAGCGAGAUUCGCGCUACUGGAGCAAACAGGCAGCCAGUUUGCCCGAUUACCUGACUCCGGAGCAGCAGGAUCAGGAUCUGAAGCAGCUGCAACAUCGCGCCUCGAUCCUGUGGUCGCCGCAACUGCUGGAGAGCGACGAAAAGGAUGUGCGCGAAUACCUGGACCUCGCUGCCAGUCGCUACAACAUCGAGGAGGAGCAGGCGCUGUUCCUCCUGCGACGUCACGGAUUCGAUCUGCCCCUGGCCCGUCGACGUCUGCAGAGAUUUGAGACCGCUCGCGGAUGUCGCUAUCAUCGCUGGAAGGCCCAGGAUCUCGUCCGACUCUCCAAGGCCUUCGAUCGCUUCGGCGCCGACUUCGCCAAGGUCCGGGAGCAGUUACCCCACUUUCCUUUGGCCGAACUCCGGCUGUAUUUUUACUUUAUGUACGCGAAGGUCAAGGAUUCCGGGGGCCAACAAAUCAUACAUUGA